AUGAUUGGGUGUACACCUGACUGGGGUACAGUCGACUUGGGUGCAGCCGAGGCGGGUAUGGUCAACUUGGGUGCAGCCGAGGCGGGUAUGGUCGACUCGGGUGCAGCCGAGGCGGGUAUGGUCGACUCGGGUGCAGCCGAAUCGGGUAUGGUCGACUCGGGUGCAGCCGAGUCGGGUAUGGUCGACUUGGGUGCAGCCGAGUCGGGUAUGGUCCACUCGGGUGCAGCCGAGUCGGGUACGGUCCACUUGAGUGCAGGCGAGGCGGGUCUGGUCGACUCGGGUGCAGUCGAGUCGGGUAUGGUCGACUUGGGUGCAGCCGAGUCGGGUAUGGUCGGCAUGGGUGCAGCCGAGUCGGGUAUGGUCGACUCGGGUGCAGGCGAGUCGGGUAUGGUCGACAUGGGUGCAGCCGAGUCGGGUAUGGUCGACUCGGGUGCAGGCGAGGCGGGUAUGGUCGACUUGGGUGCAGCCGAGGCGGGUAUGGUCGACAUGGGUGCAGCCGAGUCGGGUAUGGUCGACUUGGGUGCAGCCGAGUCGGGUAUGGUCGACUCGGGUGCAGCCGAGUCGGGUACAGUCGACUUGGACGCGGGCUCGGGUACAGCCGUCGCCUCAUGGCCGAUCGGCGUGUUCCUACUCGACGUGUUUUCACCCGCUUUGGAGGCCUGCCGUUGGUGGGCCUUCCUCGAUCUCGCCUUGAAUUGCGCCGCUCUUCCGUUGGCUUUCGUAUUGUUGAACUGA